AAAAAAAAAAAAAAAGUGGCAGCCCAAACAAUUAAAAAUUCGAUGGCGCCAUCGACUCCCUUUAUUUUAUUCUCUUGGUUACUAUGAGUUCCUAUCCUCCUGAAUUAUCCACAAACCAGCUGGACUUUCUGCGUGAUACUGCGACUGACUGGGCCCUUGCGCACGGUCUCGUGGUCCGUCCAACCGCCGACAAACAAGUGCAUUUCUCCAACCACGCCGCCGUCAUUCACGCUCCCUUUGCCUUAUACCCUACCCCUUUCCCGCGGACCGAAUUCGAAAAGGCCAAAGGUUUGCAGCAAGCAUGGAACCUUCUCAUUCACAAAAUGAGCCAAGACGACGACCUCAUUCACGAAAUCAUGCAAACGUAAGCCCAUGUGUAAUGACCGUCCCCCACCCUCCUGUUAUGCAUGCCUGACAUGAAGCCCCAUGCUAUGCUUCUAGAUUGUCCAACGUGGAUUCGUUCAUGGAUAAUCUCUAUCAGAUCUACUGCAAGGUGCGAAAAGAAGGUGUUGCUCAGUCAGCAUCCCUUGGUAUCCACCGCUGUGAUUAUUUAUUGCACACACCUCAAGGCGCGAGUGCCAGAACGGCUCGCAUCCAACAAGUCGAGUUCAACACUGUUUCUGCGAGUUUUGGCAGCUUAUGUUCUCGAACGAGCGAGCUUCACAAAUACCUUCACGUGGCUGUGGAUAAUUAUGCGAACGGGAUGAUCAAACUCAACCAACUUCCAGACAAUCGAGCCAUUGACGCUUUGGCCAACGGCUUGGCUUGUGCUUGGAAGGUGUACGGAAAACCAGAUGCCCGAGUGCUGAUGAUCGUUCAAGGCGGUGAACGCAAUAUUUUUGAUCAACGCUGGAUCGAAUACAAUUUAUUAAAAGUUCACGGUAUUCGUAUGAUGCGUCGCACCAUGGGCGAGGUGCAUGCCACGGCUACCCUUGAUCCUACCACCAAAGCUUUGAUCAUUGAUGGCCAUGAAAUUGCAGUGUCCUAUUACAGAGCGGCUUAUGGGCCAGAAGAUUUCUUUGGUCCAGAGGAAUGGGAAGCACGGUUAACCGUGGAACGAUCGGCUUCGAUCAAAUGUCCAACUGUUGCGUACCAGCUUGUGGGUGCCAAAAAAGUGCAGCAAGUGUUGUCAGUGCCUGGCCGUCUUGAACGUUAUGUGGAUAAGUAUACGGCGGAUCUUUUGCGAGAAUCGUUUGCUGGUUUAUACCCGCUCGAUAAUUCUCCCGAAGGAAUCAAGGCUUACCAAGCGGCGAUGGAAAAUCCCGAGAAAUACGUGUUGAAGCCGCAGCGAGAAGGAGGAGGUCAUAAUUUCUACGGAAAAGAGAUUGUGAAUGUUUUGAACAAGUUGAGCGAGGAAGAACGUAACGCAUACAUCUUGAUGGAUUUGAUUCAGAGCCCUCCGUUGCAGAAUUUGAUGGUUCGUGAAGGCGAAAUCAUUAAAGGCGACGUGAUCAGUGAAUUGGGCAUUUACGGUAUCUACGUACAUGACGGUGAAAAUGAAGUGCAUAAUGAAAUCGGAGGUCAUUUGCUGCGUACCAAGGCCCAUAAUACCAACGAAGGCGGCGUGGCGGCCGGAUUUGCGGUCAUUGACAGUCCUCUUCUUAUCGACUAGGCACUUUUUUCAUCCCAUAUCCAAAAAAGUUUUGUAACCCCACUAUCCAUGAUCCGACUGCUAACUAACCAGGUGAUAAAAACCAUCUUUGGAUGAUAAUCAUUCUUGGAACAAGAACAACCAAGCUCAUGUAGAUCAGAUGAUAGAAGAAGGCAACUAUUGUAUCCAUGCAACAGGAAUUUAUUGUCUUGUCAGAUGGAAUAUAAUCACACAGAGAGGGGAGUAAAACACAAGAAUGAGGUGCAAAGAAAGGGCUUAAAGAACCGAUGGGAUCAAGAAAACGAGAAAGGACAGCAGUUGACGCACAGCAGGGUGGGGUCGAUCGGACUUGAACUGUUAUCAGAUGUAAAUCAUGUUUGAUGGAUCCAAUCCCCCUGACCCUCAAAAAAAAAAAUGAAUGGAUAAAACGGCUGCGUUAUCCGAUCGGUUUUCCUGAUUUUCC